AUGUCUCAAGAAGCCUCCGGAUGCGGCACUGUGCCGUUUUGCGGGUCACUCACCUGCGACGCUGUCAGCUGCGAGGCUGAACAGGUGCAGCGCGCACAUAUUCGCCUGCAGGCUGACCAGCCGGUCGUCCCUGUGCCUGUCUAUCAGGAAAUCCAGAAACGGGAUAAGUACAUAGAGGUUCCCCAAGUGGAAGUCAAGGAUUCCAUUGUUCCAAAAGUUUACAACCAAUCUGCCGUCCACGAUGUUCCCAAAGUACAUGUAGAAUGUGGCGAGAAGAACGUUGCCAUUGAAAGCGAAAAAAUCGUAGAGAGAGAAGUCGAUGUUCCAAUCCACGUGGGCUAUGCGCCACAGUUUGUCCCCAAGUGGGAUAUUCGUGAAGUGCCGAGGCCGGUGCCUAAGUACGAGGGUGAGCAACAAGUUAUUGAGGUAGAAGUUCCCCAAAUCGAAUACAAGGAUACUUAUGUGGAGAAGGAGGUGGUCGUGGACAUCAAGGAAAAAAUUGUCCCCAAGGUGACAGAAGUCGUCAAGGAAGUAGAGGUGAUGCAAUAUGAAUGGAAGGAAAAGUACCAGGAUGUCCCAGUAUACAAAUACGUGCCAAAAUUCGACGUGGAGCUUGACUGUCCCCCGCCUCUGAUUGUACCGUACACGGAGACUCGUUAUGUCCAAGAUGAACCUGAAACGUCGAACCCGUACUGCGGUUGGUCAGCAUGUUGCACGAAAGUGCACCAGGAGCCUCAUAUCAAAACAGUAGAAACAGCGGUCCGCAGCGAGCAACAACGGCUCUACCCAGGCUCUGCCCACCUAAGUGAAGCAAACGUGAAGUAUCCUGGCAAUCAAGAUUUUUCCACGCAUUUCCAGAAGAACACGGAGGAACGCGUUCUUAGAGGAAGUAGCGUCAUUGAUGGUCCUGUUCGUCAGGCGACUUUAUCCCAGCUUACGCCGGGCCCUGUUUUUCCACGGCCUACUCCCCAGGUUGGUGCGUCUGAGAAGCCAAAGAGCAGUGGCGCUCGUUUAAGCGAUAAAAAGCCCAGCUUCUGGAGCUGGCUGACUGGAAAAAAGGAGGAGCCAGAGACGCCGACCCAAGUCAGCAAGUUCGGAUACCCCGAAAACAUGCCAUCAGAUUUCGCUGCCGCAUUUCAGAACCAAGGUUCCGCUGACGCUGGGGAACCACAGCCAAAUCCAACAGAGCUUGGAGGGGUUCCAGAUGAGAAGGAUAAGCAGUCUGACGAGCUGGAACCAACUGUUGUUUACCGCGGCGCAGUGAAUAAGCCCCCUGAAUACGGCGGCGAGCUUGACCCGAUUUCCUUCAAGUUGCACGCCAUAGAAAUCCAUCAGUUCGUCCCCCUUCCUAACAUGGAAGCCCCAGAAUUUGUGAAGGCACUCUCGAACGGCAUCAUGACAAGUGACGUUUCUGGUCUCGAAAAGUUCUUUGGUGGCCAUGUGCCUCCUGGAUGGGCUGACCCCGACAUCACUGGUAUUCCCGCUACCACAAUGAGCGACAUUCUGUCAGGAAAUGCCCAGAACGUUGCAGUUAUGAGCCCAUUGGUGUGCCAGCUGUCUUCACAAUUUGCAAAGCAGGGUUUUGUGCCCGGAGGUACACAAGAAAUGACACAAGUUGGAUCCUUCAAACGUAAUACUUCCCAACCCCAGCCUCAGUCCUGA